AUGGCAGCCUCUUACCACACGUCUCUCCUCACUGCCACAGACUGUCGCUCUCACGUCCACCUCGUCAUCGGCAGCAACUCGCUCGCUGGCAAGAGGUGCGAGCAGUCCAUUGCCACCGGCGCAAAACCUAUUCUUAUCGCGCCCGAGCCCCCACCAACUCAGCCUCUUCACUACACCCUCGCCAACCUCAUUGAGUCAGGCCGGGUAGAGUGGGAACGCAAAAUCUUUACCGAAGAUCUUGCCCUCAGUCGCGGCCGGGACGAGAUAGGCAAUGUGGUUGAUGCCGUCUUCGUGACAACAACCAAUACUGCCGCUUUGGGCGAAGGAUCGUCGGCGCAACUUAUCUCAGCAAUAUGCAAGCGCAACCGCAUUCCCGUCAAUGUGGUCGACAGCCCUAGCCUCUGCAGUUUCUCCAUCCUGUCCACAUACAGCGACGGGCCGCUGCAGAUCGGCGUGACCACCAAUGGGAGAGGAUGCCGCCUCGCCAGCCGCAUACGCCGUGAGGUCGCUGCGUCGCUUCCGCCAACCCUGGGAGCUGCUUGCACAAGGUUGGGAGAAGUAAGGCGCAGGGUGCAGGAAGAGGACCACCUACUUCACGAAGCUCUCAACGGCGGUACCCUUACCGCUGGGGAGGAUGAGGAAGGGCUAGAGCAGACGGCAAACUUCAACAAGCUGGUCACCGAGGAAGACGUGGACGCUGUGAAGCACAGGCGCAUGCGCUGGCUCGCGCAGGUUUGCGAGUACUGGCCGCUGAAGCGCUUGGCAGCCAUCAGCGAUGAUGACGUCGAGGCUGUACUGAAGUCAUACUCUGGCAGCAGCAGCACCCCUAGCAGCGCAUCCAGCAUCGGAAGAUCGGAAGACAGCAAUGGUACAUCUGCUAGCUCACGCGGCAGAAUUAUCCUGGCUGGCUCCGGUCCCGGGCACCCUGACCUGCUCACUCGCGCAACCUACAAGGCAAUCCAGUCCGCAGACCUCAUUCUGGCCGACAAACUCGUCCCCGAAGGCGUGUUAGACCUCAUCCCCAGGCGGACGCCUGUCUCCAUCGCACGCAAGUUCCCUGGCAACGCGGACAAGGCUCAGGAGGAAUUGUUGGAACAAGCAAUCGCGGGUGUCAGGCAGGGCAAGGUAGUGCUGCGACUCAAACAAGGCGACCCCUUCAUCUACGGCCGCGGGGGCGAGGAGGUUGAAUACUUCCGCAGGAACAACCUCGGCGACAGGGUGGUGGUUCUGCCCGGAAUCACGAGCUCUCUCAGUGCGCCGUUGUUCGCAGGGAUACCGCCCACGCAACGAGAUGUCGCUGAUCAGGUGCUAGUGUGCACUGGUACCGGCAAAAAGGGCAAACCGCCAUCGCCUCCAGAGUUUGUCGGAAGCAGAACGGUCGUCUUCCUCAUGGCUUUGCACCGCAUUACAGGUCUUGUGGCGGAGCUUACGCAGCAUCUUCCCUCAGAACUGGGCAGGACAGGCACCACCACAACAACGGAGACAAUAUCAGAAGGUGCUGGGCCGGCAGAGGACGUGGUACAUCAGAUGAUAGAGACGAGCGACGUCGCACAGCCAGUAAAAGCCACGAGAAGUCUGUGGCCAAAGUCGACGCCCUGUGCCGUGAUCGAGCGAGCUUCUUGUCCUGAUCAGAGAGUAAUACGGACAACACUCGAAUUUGUUGCUGAGGCCAUUGAGGCGGAGGGAAGCAGGCCACCGGGCCUACUUGUUGUGGGGAGGGCGUGUGAAGCCUUAUAUACACCUGAAAAGGGGAGAUCGUGGAUCGUUGAGGAAGGGUUCAAAGAUUUACAUUUGGAUGAAAUCCGGCUCUAG